UCCCUUGUAAGAACACAGCCGCCUGCCUGCCUGUCUCCUGCUGUCGGGCUCCCUCACUAGCUUUUUGCUGCCUUUUGCCUCUCCUUCUCUUUCUGCUUAGCUCCUUGCCUUCUGAUACUACUCCCAGUAUGGAGAUGAAUCACUCUGUGCAGCUCUCCGGGGAACCCCAAUUAACACCUCCAGGGGACAGUUCAUUACCCAGUCAAAAUGGUCUGGAGAAGCAAGAUGCUAAGGAUUGCUCAGCCCUACUCCAAGCACCAGAGGGGAAGGCGGGUGUGCAGUCUAAUGAUAUCUCCGAGGAGCUGAAUCGACAACUGGAAGACAUCAUCAAUACCUAUGGGUCGGCUACUGAAAAAGAGGGUCCCACCAAAGCAAAGGAGGAGCCUGAGAGCACAGAACCACCCAACAAUGAGGACGGGGACUGUGACGAAGCCACUGAAGAGACUGAGAGAGAGGCCAUACCUUCUGGAGAGACAGCCACCACCAAAGAGCCUGUCAGCAAUAAAGAGCAAAAAUUGGAAAAGAAAAUCCUAAAAGGAUUAGGCAAAGAAGCCAACCUGCUGAUGCAAAAUCUGAACAAGCUGCAAACACCCGAAGAAAAAUUGGACUUUUUAUUCAAGAAGUAUGCCGAAUUGCUGGAUGAACAUCGCACCGAGCAAAAGAAGUUAAAGCUCCUACAAAAGAAACAGGUACAGAUGCAAAAGGAAAAGGACCAGUUGCAAGGGGAACACAGCAGAGCCAUCCUCGCCCGAAGCAAACUGGAGAGUCUAUGCCGGGAGUUGCAGAGACACAACAAGACACUGAAGGAAGAGACCCUUCAGCGGGCACGUGAGGAAGAAGAGAAGAGGAAGGAGAUCACAAGUCAUUUCCAGACUACUCUGACGGAUAUCCAGGCCCAGAUUGAACAGCAGAGUGAGCGAAAUAUGAAGCUGUGUCAGGAGAACACAGAGCUUGCAGAGAAACUGAAAAGCAUCAUUGAUCAGUACGAGCUCAGAGAGGAGCAUCUGGACAAAAUAUUUAAGCACAGAGAACUGCAGCAGAAGCUGGUGGACGCAAAACUGGAGCAGGCACAAGAAAUGAUGAAGGAAGCGGAGGAGCGACACCAACGCGAGAAGGAAUAUUUGCUGAACCAGGCAGCAGAGUGGAAACUUCAGGCCAAAGUGCUGAAGGAGCAAGAGACAGUCCUUCAGGCUCAGCUUACUCUCUAUUCCGGAAGAUUUGAAGAGUUCCAGAGCACACUGACAAAAAGCAAUGAGGUGUUUGCUACUUUCAAACAGGAAAUGGAUAAAACAACCAAGAAAAUGAAGAAGUUAGAGAAGGACACAGCCACGUGGAAAGCCCGGUUUGAGAACUGUAACAAAGCUCUGUUGGACAUGAUCGAAGAGAAAGCAUUGAGAGCUAAAGAAUAUGAGUGCUUCGUGAUGAAAAUUGGGAGGCUGGAGAACCUCUGUCGAGCUUUACAAGAAGAGAGGAACGAACUCUACAAAAAAAUUAGAGAAGCAAAAAUGCCUGUGAAGGAUGACCAAAGUCAGCACACCUCCGACGAAGAGCUGGAGUCAGCCGCUUCUGUGGGUGGGGAGGUUGAAGCAGAGGAAGCCAACGCUAUUCACAAUGCUGUGAAAAAUCUGGCCACGGCAUUCAUGGUCAUCCAUCAUCCAGAGUCGACUCUCGACCAGUCCAAAGAAAUCCAACCAGAAAUCGGCAGUCCUCAAGCGGGUGGUGACUCGACCCUCAAGGAGCCCAAACAAUCCCCUCUGGGCCCUUUAUGCCUCUCAGAAAUUUCCCAGUCUCCCCAGACCCCUCAGGCUGAGGCCGAAGGAGGUAAUAAAGCAGAGCCAGCCCCUAAGCCCAGUAAUCCCCCUGCGGGGUGGGCAGCAGAGGCCCAAGACCAGGGUCUCCUUACAGCAGCUCAGGCUGAUGAUCAACAGCCCCCAAAGCCAGAGGCAGAAGCUUCCAGUCAGGCCCCCCAACCCCCAGCAGAGACUUCCCUACCAGUGAGGGAGGCAAAUGGUCCUGCUCCACCACCCACAGCAGGUGAGCUAAUUCCAGUUAGGGAGCUUGGCUGUGGGCCCAGUAGGCAGCCACCCCCACCAGAAGCAGCAGCAGAGAGGCCACCAGCAGGGGCCUCGGUGGAGCCCCAGCUGCCCCAGGUGGCUGACACCAACCUGGAAGGAGUAGACUAAGCCUCGUGGUGCCUUCUCAGGCUGCUCUUCCCAACUUCGCAUCUUCAUCACGACAGAUUGCCUUUGGAAAGAGGCAUGGAGGGCUAGGGAUGUCUAAGGGAAGAGACUUCAUUAGAAUCAAGACAUUUUUAAAUGCUACACAGAGCACAUUCAGCCUGUGCUAUUUGUUCUCAAUUCAUAACUGAUUUGGAGCUUUUCUAUUUAACAUUGGUUGACAGUAUAAUUUUCCCAAAUGGCAACAAAACACACAAAUAGCAAAUUCAUAUGAAUUUUCCACUGAGAUGGUAUUUAUUUCAAUUUCUUAAUCAACAGUAGGAUUUGGUGUUUAAAGAUUUCUCCUACAAUAUAUAAAUACAUAAAAUGUGAUGUGUUAUUUAUUUCCCUAUAUAUUUUAAUAUGUUCUAUAGUAAGUAAGAGAUGUCCAGGUUCCAUUUAAACAUCAUACAUAAUAUAUGUGGAUGUAUGUGUGUAUAUAUGUAUUCAUGUGUGAAAAUAUACAUGUGUAUGAAUAUA